AAUCGGGGCUGAGCGGCAACUGAGCCGUUCGGGGUCAGCGGCGAGUCGCAGGCCGAUUCCUUCUGGGGUGUCUCUGGCGGCUCACAGCCAGGGCAUAGCUCUGACAGCCCGGUGACCGGAGCUUGGGGACAACUCGACUCCCCUGUGUGCGGGACCUGCCUGACAGCUCUGGGCUGGGGUCCUCGAGCCACCUUCCGAGCGUCCUAAUUUAUGGGCAGCAUCCACCCAGGACAGUGAAUUCCUAAGAAUUUCCCACGCCAGCUUCCUGUCUUCAAAUUAAACUGUUCCCACACCUUGCUGUGUGUAAGCCCUACCGGGUCUCAUUGCUGGAGCAGAGACAGGUGCCUUGGAAUGUGAAGAGACAAGAGUCAGGAACCAUGUACCCAGAAAAUCUUUGCGACUGUAACAACUCCGUAAAAGCCUUUGAUCAACACACAAAACUUAGCAUCCGUCAAUGUGUGCAUAGUGAAGAGAAGCCAUACAAACAGGAAGAACAUGGCAAAGCUUUCAUUGAUGACUCAGCUUCUGAUCAGCAUCACAGGGUACAUAAAGGAGAUUUGCCCUACAAAUGUAAAGAUUGUGGCAAAGCCUUUAAAUACCGCUCAGUCCUCUUCCAACACCACAUAAUUCAUACUGCUGCAAGACCUUACAAAUGUAAAGAGUGUGGCAAAGCCUUCAAGAGAAGUAGAAAUCUUACACAACACCAGAUGACUCAUAAGAGAGAGUGUAAAUACAAGUGUAAAGAAUGUGGCAAAGCCUUUACUACACAUUCUAUACUUACUCAACACCAAAUAAUUCAUACUGGAGAGAAACCCUACAAAUGUAAAGAAUGCGGCAGAUCCUUUAAAUAUAAUUCAACCCUUACUCAACAUGAAGUCAUCCAUACUGAAGCAAAACCCUACACAUGUUUGGAAUGUGGGAAAGCCUUCAAGAGAAGUCACACCCUUAGUCAACAUCAGAUAAUUCAUAAGGGAGAAAAACCAUACAAGUGUAAAGAAUGUGGUAAGGCCUUUAUUAAACACUCAUCUCUUACUCAACACCAAGUAAUCCAUACUGGAGAGAAACCCUAUAGAUGUAAAGAAUGUGGGAAAGCCUUCAGAUAUCAGUCAACCCUAACAAGACACCAAAUUCUUCAUACUGGGGCAAAGCCCUACAAAUGUCAAGAAUGUGGCAAAGCCUUCAAUAAUAGUUCAACUCUUAGUCGACACCAGAUAAUCCACACAGGAGAGAAACCCUACGCAUGUCAAGAGUGUGGCAGAGCCUUUUACUGUUCCUCAUUCUUGAUCCAGCAUAUGAAAAUUCAUUUUGAAGAGAUGCCCUAUAGAUGCAAAGAGUGUGGUAAACCCUUUCGGCUUUCCUCACAGCUUAUUCGACACCAGAGAAUCCAUACUGGAGAGGAGCCUUAUAUAUGUAAGGAGUGUGGCAAGACCUUCAGAUACCACUCCAACCUGAUGAGACACCAAAUACUUCAUACUGGAGCAAAGCCCUACAAAUGUCAAGAAUGUGGCAAAGCCUUCAAUAAUAGUUCAACACUUAGUCGACACCAGAUAAUCCACACAGGAGAGAAAUCCUAUAAAUGUCAAGAAUGUGGCAAAGCCUUUUACUGUUCCUCAUACUUGAUCCAGCAUAUGAAAAUUCAUUUUGAAGAGAUUCCCUAUAGAUGUAAAGAGUGUGGUAAACCUUUUAAGUGUUCUUCACAGCUUAUUCGACACCAGAGAAUUCAUAGUGGAGAGAAGCCCUACAUAUGUAAAGAAUGUGGCAAAGCCUUCAACUGUACUUCAUACCUUACUAAGCAUCAGCGAAUUCAUACCGGGGAGAAACCUUACGUAUGUAAAGAGUGUGGCAAAGCCUUUAACUGUUCUUCCUAUCUGUCUAAACAUCAGAGAAUUCAUAUUGGAGACAGACUCUAUAAAUGUAAAGAAUGUGGCAAAGCCUAUUACUUUUCUUCACAGCUUAACCGACACCAGAGGAUUCAUACUGGAGAGAAACCCUACAUAUGUAAAGAAUGUGGCAAAGCCUUCAACUGUUCUUCCUAUCUUAAUAAACAUCAGCGAACCCAUAUUGUAGAAAAACCGUAUGUAUGUAAGGAAUGUGGCAAAGCUUUUAACUGUUCUUCAUACCUUACUAAACACCAGAGAAUUCAUACUGGAGAUAGGGUUUACAAAUGUAAAGAGUGUGGCAAAGCCUAUUACUUUUCCUCACAGCUUAAUCGGCACCAGAGAAUUCAUACCGUAGAGAAACCCUAUCGAUGUAAAGAGUGCAGCAAAGCCUUUAGUACUUCUUCCAGCCUGAAACGGCACCAGGAGACUCAUAUGCUAGUGAAACCCAGCAGUGUAGAGAAUUUGGCAAAGCCUCAAUAGUGAGAUAUUUGUUACUGGAUAGUUCAUAGUUCACAUGCAGUUCAAGACUUUAACAACUGCUGGAUCAUCACUUCACACCCAAAGACUCAUACAUGUGGGAGACACUACAAGUGUGAGGAAUUCAGCAAAACCUUUAACAGGUGUGUAGCAGUUAUUCCAUAUUAAAUGAUCCACAGUGGAGAACAACUUACAGAUGUGACAAUAUGGCCUGGACUUUGAUCACUGUUCUUUCUUAUUGGACAGUAGCAAAUUCAUAGAAAGAGCACCGUCCUAUGUGUAGACCUCAGAAGACUCUAAUAAAUCCCCUCAUGAAAUAAGUUAACAAAGCUUUCACUAAUACCUCAGAUCUUUUCUUAAACACAGCCCAUACCUCAAUAAACCUUGAUGUACAUAAAAAUUUUUCAUAGCACAGAACUCUUAUGACUAUGUAGAAUGUGGCCAAACUUUGAACUUUCUGCUUAUCAGUAAUCAGUGGGGUGGAAAGAACUACAUCACAGGUAGCAGAGUUAUGUAAACUCAUCUCUGAAAAGAUGGAAUUUGUUAUACAUUCAAAUAUACAAAAUAACCUCACUGUUAAAAACUACACAAAGCUCCGACCUCAGGCUGCUUUCUGAGAAGUUCUAAACUGUUUUCUCCAGAGAGCAUAAAAUGGAUUUUGAAAAACCGUGUAUAUUAUGUAUAAGCUUUGUUUUAGUGCAUACAUGGAGUGAAUGGUUCUUGUCGUCUCUGAUAUGUAUUGCCUAACAUGUUGUCACAGAGAUUAGGCCACCUUAUUGAAGUGUGUACAUAACAGAUCUUAGUAAUGUUUUGUUGAGGAAUAGUGAAUGACUGGCAAUUCUUUUUUUUUCAGUUUUUAGGGAUUGGAUGAAUGAUAAUUCUUAUUCUAGGUGUCCUUAUCCUUCAAAUAGAUGUGUAGAUUUGAAGAUUUUCUUGUAUGUGAUGUUUUAUUGCACUUUUUGCACUUACCAGAAAUUAUGAGGGAUGUGAAAGUAUAAUAAAAUGUUCUAGCUUUCUGAAUCUUAA